AUGGAAACAAAGCCACAAGUUGAAGAUGUCCAGGAAGAUGGACCAACUGUUGACGAAAGCAUGAUUUUGACCGGACGGAAACUCGCAUUGGCACAUGUAGGCUUUCUUAUGGCCGUCUUCUGCUUCUCUCUCGACCAACUCAUUGUAUCAACUGCCCUACCAAAUCUUGCUUCGUACUUUAACGCACUGGACCGACUCACAUGGGUCGUCUCUGUAUAUUUUCUAUGUACAGCUGGCUUGAUGCUCUUGUUUGGUCAGCUUCUGACAGUCAUGGUUGCCAAAUGGGUCUAUAUUACCUGUCUCGUGAUCUUUGAGGCAGGCUCGCUGAUAUGCGCUCUCGCACCGAGCAUGAACAUUUUGAUCUUUGGUCGCGCUGUCCAAGGUGCCGGGUCUUCGGGGAUAUUCACGUCAAUUCUUGUCAUCUUUGCUCAGAUUACCAAACUGGAAACAAGGCCCCUACUGAUGGGUACCUUUGGCGCCGUCUUUGGGAUUUCCAGCGUUGCGGGCCCAUUAGUUGGUGGCGCAUUUACAGACCAUCUGACAUGGCGCUGGUGCUUUUAUCUCAAUCUCCCUUGGUGGCAUUUGCUGUUCCAACCAGCCAACCCGCCUCCGGGCAUGUCAUCGGAUAGACGAUCUCUAUUCGAGAAGAUCUUAUCGCUAGACUGGGCUGGUGCAUCACUAUCAAUCGUGGCUGUCACUUGUCUUCUACUCGCUCUGCAAUGGGCUGGAGUGUCCAGACCAUGGAACGAUAAAGUAAUCAUAAUCCUUUUCGUUGUAUUCGCAGUACUCCUCGUUGCCUUCCUCAUAUGGGAAUACUGCAUGAAGGAGAACGCCUUGAUGCCUCUCUCGCUCUUGACAAACCGGUCAGAGCUCGGUGCUUGCGCUACAGUCUUCAUGAUCCGCAUUUCAUUCCUCGCAGCCAACUUUUAUCUGCCCUUUUUCUAUCAAGCAAAAGGUCGCUCAGCAAGUCAAAGCGGUAUUGACAUUAUUCCCUUUAUGCUAGGCCUUGUCCUCAUGAGCAUUGUUGGAAGCAUAUUUGUUCGGCGCACGGGCCAUUACUAUGCCCUACUCAUCCUAGGUCCACUGAUUGCCUGCAUCGGUGCUGGGCUACUGUUCACCAUCAACGAAUCGACAACGUCUGCCUCGCUCAUUGGAUAUCAGAUUCUAUUUGGAGCAGGUACAGGUUUAGCGUUUCAGCUCCCGAUGUUGGCCGUCCAAGCGGAAUACGCAGACAGCCCAAAGAUGGUACCACGUGCGACGUCGCUAAUCAUGUUCUUCCAAAUGCUCGGAGGUUCCAUCAGCAUCUCAAUUUCUGGUGCCGUCUUCAACAACCAAUUGUCCAAGCAAUUGCUCAAGUACGCACCCACUCUUCCCCCGGAGCUUGUCGAGGGUGUCAAACAGUCCGUUCUUGUCAUUUUCCGACUCGAUCCGGCCAUUCGCACCGCAGUCGUGCAUGCGUACAUCAAGUCACUCGACUAUGUGUUCGUGGUCGCCAUUCCGGCAUGCAUCUUGUGCGCAUUAUUUUCAUCUACUAUCCGCAAUUGGAACGUGAAGAAGAGAGGCCAGGAGAGUCGAGCCGGCCCAAAAGCUGAGCCAUAG